AUGGCGGGGGAUGCCAGGAAGCGGUUCAUCCUGGCCACGACGCAGGACUACUUGGGGCUGGCGGCGGGCGCCGAGGACAGCUGGUGGCCCGCCGCUCGCCCCGAGCUCGACAGCUUCCUGGACGAUGGCAACCAGCUGCUCCUCACCGUGCAGCGGUCCCCCAGCGGCAUCUCCCUCUCCAACACGAUCGACGUUGGAGAUGCAAAAGAUAAAGUAUUGGUGUUUUUUAAGCUACGGCCUGAAGCGAUUACAGAAGACAACCUUCACAGUAAUAUUCUCGUGUCAUCUACGUUAGAUUCACCUAUUAAUUCUCUUUAUCAAGCAGUACGGCAAGUAUUUGCACCAAUGUUAUCAAAGGACGAAGAGUGGAGCAAAAACUUUGACCCCAAGCUCCAGAAUCUCCUGAGUGAACUAGAAGCUGGCUUGGGGAUCGUCAUCCGCAGAUCUCAUCCCAAUUUAUCCAAGUUGAAAUUCAAGGAAGAUGAUGUCCGAGGUAUCCUUACACCAAGCGACGAAUUCCAGUUUUGGAUAGAACAUGCACACCGAGGAAAUAAAUCAAGUAACAAAGAUAGAGCCAUUUAUUUUAAAGAACUGUUUGAAACAGUUUCAAGGGAUUUCUACAAUUUGGAUAACCUUUCCUUGUUGGAAGCGGUGGACUUAGUGGAGACGACUCGGGACACGGUUGACGAUGUUUGGAGGCAAACGGAACAUGACCAUUACCCCGAGUCACGCAUGCUGCACCUUCUGAAUGUCAUCGGAGGUUCCCUGGGAAGGUUCGUUCAGAAAAAAUUGGGUUCUUUGAACCUCUGGGAGGAUGCUUUCCAUCUUGUGAAAGAAAACCUGAAGGCCGGGAUUACAAUUUGUGAACAGUGGGUAGCUGCCUGCGAUCAUUUAACUGGACAAGUGUGGCAACGGUAUAUUCCUCAUCCGUGGAAAAUGGGAAAAUAUUUCCCAGAAUCGCUUGACCGGCUUGGCAAACGCCUGGAGGAGAUCUUGGCCAUUAGAACAGUUCAUGAAAAACUCAUCUAUUUUUUGCCCGUUGGUGAAGAAAAAGUCAAAUGCCACACUCAAGUGUUUGAACCUUUUACUGGCCUGAAUCCUGUGCAGUAUAAUCCCUACACUGAGCCUCUAUGGAAAGCAGCAGUGUCUCAGUAUGAAAAAAUUAUUGCACCAGCAGAAGAAAAAAUUGCAGGGAAAUUAAAAACUUAUUUUUCAGAAAUUCAGGAUAGUCCCCAGCAGCUUCUUCAGGCAUUUCUGAAAUACAAGGAACUGGUGAAACGUCCAACCAUAAGCAAAGAAUUGAUUGUAGAACGAGAAACUCUGCUAGCAAGACUUGUGGACUCAGUCAAAGAUUUUCGAGCAGACUUCGACUAUCGAUGCCACGGUGCCCCCGGCGAAUUAUCCGGGCCGCUUUCUGGUAGAAAUCUUUCUGAGGUUGUCAAUAAUAUAGUUUGGGUCCGUCAGCUGGAACUGAAGGUGGAUGACACUAUCAAGAUCGCAGAGGCUCUUUUGUCUGACCUGUCAGGAUUUCGAUCUUUCCGUCGAAGUGCCGACGAUCUCUUAGAGCAGUUUAAAACGUACGAACAAGAACAAUUUGAUGACUGGUCCCGGGAUAUUCAAGCAGGUUUAUCCGAUCCCAAAUCUGGCUUGUGUAUCCAGGCUAAUAGUCGCAUUAUGGAAUUGGAUCCUAGCGAUGGUGCGUUAAAAAUACAUUAUUCCGAUCGCUUGGUGGUUCUUCUGAGAGAAGUGCGUCAGCUUUCUGCACUUGGCUUCGUUAUUCCUGCCAAAAUCCAGCAAGUUGCAAACAUGGCACAAAAAUUCUGCAAGCAAGCGAUUAUCCUCAAACAAGUGGCACACUUUUACAAUUCUAUUGAUCAGCAGAUGAUUCAAAGCCAGAGACCAAUGAUGCUAAAAUCUGCCUUAGCAUUUGAACAAAUAAUUAAGCAUUCCAAAGCUGCCUCCGGGGAAAAGUCUUACAUAACCUGGGAUAAUCCUAAAGAAUUAGAAGUCUACAUUCAGAAACUCCAAAGUGCUGCUGAAAGACUCGCCACCGAAAAUAGAAAACUAAGAAAGUGGCACACGACCUUUUGCGAAAAGGUCGUCGCUCUUAUGAAUAUUGAUCUACUCCGGCAACAGCAGAGGUGGAAAGACGGGCUUCAGGAAUUGAGAACUGGCUUAGCUAGCGUGGAAGCCCAGGGUUUCCAAGCAAGUGAUAUGCACGCGUGGAAGCAGCAUUGGAAUCAUCAACUGUACAAAGCUCUAGAGCAUCAGUAUCAAAUGGGUUUAGAAGCACUUAAUGAGAACCUGCCAGAAAUAAACAUCGAUUUAAUUUAUAAGCAAGGAAGAUUACAAUUCAAACCUCCGUUCGAAGAAAUCCGGGCCAGGUAUUACAGAGAAAUGAAGAGAUUCAUCUGUAUUCCAAACCAGUUUAAGGGAGUGGGUGAGGCCGGGGAUGAAUGCAUUUUCACCGUUAUGAUCGAAAGAAACGCGAGUGGAUUUGUGACCAUAUUCAGCAAAGCAGAGGAUCUGUUUAGAAGAUUGGCUUCAGUUGCAGACCAACAUAAGGAAUGGGUAGUAAUCGGACAAGUAGAUAUGGAAGCUCUAGUGGAGAAACACCUCUCCACUGUUCAAGAUUGGGAGAAAAACUUUAAAGCACUGAAAGGAAAGGGAAAAGAAGUGGAACAGCUUCCAAGCACUGUCAAGGUGGAUUGUUUAAAUAUUAAUUGCAACCCUGUGAAGACUGUGAUUGAUGAUCUCAUCCAGAAGUUAUUCGAUGCCCUUGUUCUGUCUUUGAGAAAGUCUAUUCAAGCUCAUUUACAAGAAAUUGAUUCGUUUGUCACAAAUGCUAUGGAAACAUUAACAGUCAUGCCCCAGACUGUGGAUGAAAUAGGUGAUGCAAAUUUACAAUAUGCCAAACUUCAAGCAAGGAAGCCAGAGAUUUUGCCACUAUUCCAAGAAGCCGAAGAUAAAAACAGACUUUUAAGGACCGUGGCAGGUGGAGGUUUAGAAACUAUUAGUAACCUGAGAGCUAAGUGGGACAAAUUUGAAUUAAUGAUGGAAAGUCAUCAACUGAUGAUUAAAGAUCAGAUUGAAGUGAUGAAAGGAAAUGUGAAGUCACGCCUUGAGGUCUACCGGCAAGAAUUAGAAAAGUUUAAGGCUCGUUGGGAUCAGCUGAAGCCCAGCGACGACAUCAUUGAAACCGGCCAGCAAGAAGCCCUUGAGAGAAGUGCCCAGUCUAUAAAGGAGAAAAAAGCUGAGUUCGAUGACCUUGAAGCCACCAGGAAGAAGCUGAUGGAGGAUUGCCGUCAUUUUGGCCUGGAAGAGCCUAAUUUCUCACUGGCAAAUGACAUUUGUAAAGAUAUUGAGAGUAGCGCAGAAGUUUGGGCACUAUAUGAAGAGUACAAUCAAGAGUUCCAGGAUAAAGCCAAAGAGGAUUGGAUUACCUUUAGGAGUAAGACUUACCUUUUUGAUGAAUUUUUGAUGAUCUGGCAUGACAGGCUGAGGAAAAUGGAAGAACAUUCAGUAAUGACUGUGAAGUUACAGUCGGAAAUUGAUAAAUACAAAAUGACAACCCCUGUCCUGAAAUACGUUAGGGGAGAGCAUCUCUCUCCAGAUCAUUGGCUUGAUCUGUUUCGUCUACUUGGUCUCCCUAGGGGAACCAGUCUAGAGAAAUUGUUGUUCGGAGAUCUGCUCCGAGUAGCCGAUGUGAUUGUGGCCAAAGCUACUGAGCUUAAGGAUUUGAACAGCCGGGCACAGGGCGAAGUCACGAUCCGAGAAGCUCUGCGUGAGCUUGACCUCUGGGGAGUGGGAGCGGUGUUUUCCUUAACGGAUUACGAAGACAGCCAAGGCCGGACCCUGAAGCUGAUUAAAGAUUGGAAAGACAUAGUGAACCAGGUCGGAGAUAAUCGCUGCCUUCUGCAGUCGUUAAAGGACUCUCCUUAUUACAAAGGAUUUGAAGAUAAGGUGUCUAUCUGGGAGAGAAAACUUGCUGAAUUAGAUGAGUACCUGCAGAAUUUAAACCACAUUCAGAGGAAGUGGGUGUAUUUGGAGCCUAUUUUUGGACGAGGGGCCUUGCCAAAAGAGCAAGCCCGCUUCAACAGAGUCGAUGAAGAUUUUAGAUCAAUCAUGGCAGACAUCAAGAGAGACAACAGGGUGACAUCAUUGACCACUCAAGCAGGAAUGAGAAACGCUUUGAUUACCAUCCUGGAUCAACUUCAGAGAUGUCAAAAAUCACUGAAUGAGUUUUUAGAGGAAAAGCGCUCGGCAUUUCCCAGGUUCUAUUUCAUUGGCGACGACGACCUGUUGGAAAUAUUGGGCCAGUCGACUAGUCCUACAGUUAUUCAGUCUCACCUUAAGAAACUUUUUGCUGGCAUUAACAGUGUAUGCUUUGAUGAGGAGUGUAAGCAUAUAACCGCGAUGAAAUCACUAGAGGGAGAAAUUGUGCCUUUUAAAAAUAAAAUUCUUCUGUCAAAUGACGUUGAGAUUUGGCUGAACGGUUUGGCCUCAGAAAUGAAGGAGACUUUGAAACAGCUACUGGUGGAAUGUGUCACAGCCGGGAGAAAAGCUCAAGUCUCCAUCGACCCCUCACUCUUCCCUUCACAAAUCCUGUCCUUGGCAGAACAGAUUCAUUUCACCGAAGAUGUAGAAAAGGCCAUCAGAGGUCACAGCCUACGUCAGCUAGAAAUGGAGCUUACGGCUAAACUAGAGCACUAUACCAAUGUAGAUACAAGUUCUGAAGAUCCGGGAAAUCCAGAAUCCGGAAUCCUUGAGCUCAAACUUAAAGCUCUUAUUCUUGACAUCAUCCACAACAUUGAUGUGGUGAAGCAGUUAAACCACGUGCAGGUUCAGAGUACUGAAGACUGGAUCUGGAAAAAACAAGUUAGAUUCUAUAUGAAAAGUGAUCUGAAAUGUUACAUUCAAAUGGUGGAUUCUGAGCUGCAGUACACGUAUGAGUAUCAGGGUAACGCACCCAGAUUGGUAUACACACCAUUGACUGAUAAAUGCUACCUCACGCUCACCCAAGCCAUGAAGAUGGGUCUUGGAGGAAAUCCCUACGGACCAGCCGGCACUGGCAAAACCGAAUCCGUGAAGGCUCUGGGAGGACUUCUUGGAAGACAAGUUUUAGUUUUUAACUGUGAUGAGGGUAUCGAUGUGAAGUCAAUGGGGCGCAUAUUUGUUGGUUUGGUGAAAUGUGGAGCCUGGGGUUGUUUUGAUGAGUUCAAUAGGCUGGAAGAAGCAGUUUUGUCAGCAGUAUCUAUGCAAAUCCAGACAAUUCAAGAUGCUUUGAAGAAUCAUAGACCGGUUUGCGAGCUACUUGGAAAAGAGGUGAAAAUGGAUUCGAACUCUGGAAUUUUUAUCACGAUGAAUCCUGCUGGAAAAGGUUACGGAGGAAGACAAAAAUUGCCCGAUAACUUGAAGCAACUUUUCAGGCCAGUGGCUAUGUCUCGUCCUGAUAAUGAACUCAUUGCCGAAGUUAUUCUCUACUCAGAAGGGUUUAAAGACGCCCAAGUAUUGGGCAGAAAAUUGGUGGCUAUUUUUAAUCUUUCUAGGGAACUUUUGACACCUCAGCAGCAUUACGAUUGGGGUUUAAGAGCACUGAAGACCGUCCUGAGAGGAAGUGGAAGUCUUCUUCGCCAGCUGAAGAAGAAUGGCGUUAAGGAAAAAGUUAAUGAAAGUCAUAUCGUGAUACAAGCUUUACGGCUCAAUACGAUGUCAAAGUUUACUUUUGCCGACUGUGCACGGUUUGAUGCCCUGAUUAAAGAUGUCUUUCCUGGAGUUGACUUUAAGGAUGUGGAAUAUGACGAGCUAAGCGCUGCUUUAAAGCAAGUCUUUGAGGAAGCCAAUUUUGAAAUUAUCCCCACCCAGAUAAAGAAAGCUUUGGAAUUGUACGAACAGUUACGUCAGAGGACGGGGGUCGUUAUCGUUGGUCCAAGCGGUACUGGCAAGUCAACCCUGUGGCGAAUGCUGCGGGCAGCCCUGUGUAAAGUGGGCAAAACGGUGAAACAGUACACGAUGAAUCCUAAAGCCAUGCCUCGGCACCAGUUAUUAGGCUACAUCGACAUGGACACGAGGGAAUGGUCGGACGGUGUACUGACAAACAGCGCUCGACAAGUUGUGAGAGAACCUCAGGAUGUAAGCUCAUGGAUAAUCUGUGAUGGAGAUAUUGACCCCGAGUGGAUUGAAUCUCUGAAUUCCGUGCUGGACGACAAUCGGCUGCUCACUAUGCCCAGUGGGGAGAGAAUUCAGUUUGGCCCAAAUGUGAACUUUGUAUUUGAAACCCAUGAUUUAAGCUGUGCAUCUCCUGCCACGAUAUCUAGAAUGGGAAUGAUAUUUCUCAGUGAUGAAGAGACUGAUCUUAAUUCAUUAAUAAAAUCCUGGUUGAGAAACCAGCCUGAAAACUAUAGAGAUGAUCUUGAAAACUGGAUUGGAGAUUAUUUUGAAAAGGCUUUACAGUGGGUUUUAAAGCAGAAUGACUAUGUGGUAGAAACAAGUCUAGUCGGAACGGUGAUGAAUGGGUUGUCUCAUCUCCAUGGGUCCAGAAAUCGAGAUCAAUUUAUAAUCAGUUUAAUAAGAGGACUUGGUGGAAACCUCAACAUGAAAUCACGAUUAGAACUCACAAGAGAGAUUUUUAGCUGGGCCCGAGAAUCUCCACCGGAUCCCCAUAAACCAAUGGACACGUACUAUGACUCAAAUACGGGUCGUCUGGCGUCGUAUAAACUGAAGAAGCCGGAAAAUCUGACUGCCGACGACUUUAAUAAUAUUCAAACCCUGCCCGUCAUUCAGACUCCAGACAUGCAAAGAGGCCUAGAUUAUUUCAAACCGUGGUUGCACUCUGACACUCAGCAGCCAUUUAUUCUCAUUGGACCUGAAGGAUGUGGAAAAGGAAUGCUGCUUCGAUACGCCUUUUCCCAACUCCGUUCCACCCAAAUUGCCACAAUUCACUGCAGUGCCCAGACCACUUCUCGGCAUCUCCUGCAGAAACUGAGUCAGACUUGCAUGGUAAUCAACACCAAUACCGGUCGGGUAUACAGGCCGAAAGACUGUGAAAGACUCGUUCUGUAUCUGAAAGAUAUCAACCUGCCUAAGCUCGAUAAAUGGGGAACGAGCACUUUGGUAGCCUUUCUCCAGCAGGUGCUAACAUAUCAAGGAUUUUACGAUGAAAAUCUAGAAUGGGUUGGUUUGGAAAAUAUCCAAGUUGUGGCUUCCAUGUCAGCUGGAGGAACCCUGGGAAGGCAUAAACUCACCACUAGAUUUACUUCUGUUGUUCGUCUUUGUGCGGUUGAUUAUCCAGAAAGAGAGCAACUGCAGACUAUUUAUGGAGCGUAUCUUGAACCCGUGCUUCACAAAAAUCUAAAAGAUCACUCUCUCUGGGGUUCCAUAUCUAAGAUUCAUCAGUUAGCAGGAUCCAUGGUGCAAGUGUACGAACAGGUUCGAGCAAAAUUUACAGUUGACGACUAUAGUCACUACCUCUUUACUCCUUGCAUUCUUACUCAGUGGGUUCUUGGCUUAUUCAGAUACGAUUUAACAGGAGGGUCACCAAACCAUUCCUUAGAUUAUGUGUUGGAGAUUGUAGCCUACGAAGCUCGGCGUCUAUUCCGGGACAAAAUUGUGGGAGUAAAGGAACUCCGUGUAUUCGAUAAUAUUUUGACCUCAGUCUUUCAGGGUGACUGGGGUUCGGAUAUAUUGGAAAAUAUGGCAGAUAGUUUCUAUGUAACGUGGGGAGCUCAGCAUAAGACCAGAGCAGCAGUAGCACCUGGGCAGCCAUUACCCCAUCACGGAAAACCACUUGGAAAACUGAACUCAGCAGAUCUAAAGGAAGUUAUUAAAAAGGGCAUUAUUCAUUAUGGACGAGAUAAUCAGGAUUUAGAUAUUUUACUUUUCCAAGAAGUCUUGGAGUACAUGUCUAGGAUAGAUCGAGUGCUGAGUUUUCCCGGAGGGUCCCUUCUGUUAGCAGGGCGAAGUGGUGUGGGCCGGCGGAUUAUCACUUCUUUAGUCAGUCACAUGCACGGAGCUGUUCUUCUUUCCCCCAAGAUCUCUAGAGGGUAUGAGCUGAAGCAAUUCAAAAAUGAUCUUAAACAUGUGCUGCAUCUUGCUGGCAUCGAAGCACAGCAGGUAGUCUUGCUUCUUGAGGACUAUCAGUUUGUUCACCCCGCCUUCUUGGAGAUGGUCAACAGCCUUUUGGCAUCAGGUGAAGUUCCUGGGCUGUACACGCUAGAAGAAUUGGAACCACUGCUCUCUCCUCUAAAAGAUCAGGCUUCACAGGAUGGCUUUACUGGACCUGUCCUGAAUUACUUCACAUACAGGAUCCAACAGAACUUGCACAUCGUCUUGAUUAUGGAUUCUGCCAACAUAAACUUCACCAUCAAUUGCGAAAGUAAUCCAGCCUUCCAUAAGAAAUGCCAGGUCCUGUGGAUGGAAAGUUGGUCCGACAGCAGCAUGAAAAAAAUACCUGAAAUGCUAUUCAAUGAGAGAACUGAUAGAAGAAACAAAGAAAAAACAAAAAAAUCCCAUGGUGAUGCUGAUUUUUUGAAAUCCUUUUUGUCCAUCCAUGAGACUUGUAGAGCAUAUGGGGCCACCCCAAGUCGAUACAUGACCUUCUUACGUGUGUACGGCGCCAUUAAUAGCAGCAAGAGAACAGAACUGUUAAAAAGGCAAAGCCAUUUGCAGGCUGGAGUGUCUAAACUAAAUGAAGCUAAAGCUCUGGUGGAUGAGCUGAAUAGGAAAGCUGGAGAGCAAAGCGUAUUACUGAAAACCAAACAAGAGGAAGCAGAUGCGGCCCUCCAGGAGAUCACGGUGUCGAUGCAGGAUGCCAGUGAGCAAAAGACAGAACUGGAAAGACUUAAACAGAAGAUAGCAGAAGAAGUAGUGAAGAUUGAAGAAAGAAAAAGUAAAAUUGACGAUGAGUUGAAAGAGGUUCAGCCUUUGGUUAAUGAAGCAAAAUUAGCAGUUGGAAAUAUCAAACCUGAAUCUUUAUCAGAAAUUCGGUCUUUACGCAUGCCUCCCGACAUAAUUAGAGAUAUUCUGGAGGGCGUCUUAAGGCUGAUGGGGAUCUUUGAUACCUCCUGGGUCAGCAUGAAAAGUUUCCUUGCUAAAAGAGGUGUGAGAGAAGAUAUUGCUACCUUUGACGCCCGGAACAUUCCAAGGGAAAUAAGAGAGAGUGUCGAAGAACUUCUUUUUAAAAAUAAAGCGUCUUUUGACUCAAAGAACGCUAAACGUGCCAGUACUGCAGCUGCUCCACUAGCUGUUUGGGUCAAAGCUAAUGUCCAGUAUUCCCAUGUCUUGGAGCGAAUUCAACCCCUUGAAGCCGAACAAGCAGGAUUAGAAGCGAAUUUGAAAAAGACUGAAGCCAGAAAAAAGAAACUUGAAGACCUGCUUAACUCUGUUGGACAGAAAGUAUCAGAACUGAAAGAUAAAUUCCAGAGUAGAACUACGGAAGCAGCAAAACUUGAAGCAGAAGUCAGCAAAGCCCAAGAAACGAUAAAAGCAGCCGAGAUCUUGAUUAAUCAACUUGACAGAGAGCACAAAAGAUGGAAUGCACAGGUUUUAGAGAUAACAGAAGAACUAGCUACACUUCCUAAAAGAGCUCAAUUGGCUGCUGCUUUUAUUACAUAUCUUUCUGCUGCCCCUGAGAGCCAAAGGAAAGCCAGUUUGGAUGAGUGGACAAAAUCAGCUGGCCUUGAAAAAUUUGAUUUAAGGCGGUUUCUUUGCACGGAGAGUGAGCAGUUAAUUUGGAAAAGUGAAGGCCUGCCGUCUGAUGACCUUUCCAUAGAAAAUGCUCUGGUGAUAUUACAGAUCAUUGAUUUCAAAUCCUGGAGUCGAGUUUGCCCGUUUCUUAUAGACCCUUCUUCUCAAGCCACCGAGUGGUUAAAGACGCAUUUGAAAGAAUCACGAUUGGAGGUUAUCAACCAACAGGACCCUAACUUUAUCACAGCUGUCGAGCUAGCAGUUCGCUUUGGGAAAACACUUAUUAUCCAAGAAAUGGAUGGAGUCGAGCCAGUCCUUUACCCAUUGUUGAGAAAGGAUCUUGUCGCUCAAGGGCCACGCUACGUUGUGCAAAUAGGUGACAAAAUUAUCGACUAUAAUGAAGAAUUCCGCUUAUUUCUGUCCACUCGAAAUCCAAAUCCCUUCAUUCCACCUGAUGCGGCUUCCAUUAUCACUGAAGUUAACUUCACUACAACAAGGAGUGGAUUAAGAGGACAGCUUUUAGCUUUAACUAUCCAGCAUGAGAAACCAGAUCUAGAAGAGCAGAAAACAAAACUAUUACAUCAGGAGGAAGACAAGAAAAUACAGUUGGCCAAACUUGAGGAAUCUCUUUUAGAGACUCUAGCGACAUCUCAAGGCAAUAUUUUGGAAAACAAGGAUCUGAUCGAAUCUUUGAAUCAGACUAAAGCCAGCAGCGCACUCAUUCAAGAGUCACUUCUUGAGUCUCGCAAACUUCAGAGUUCUCUUGAUCAGGAGCGAGAUGCCUACCUACCGCUGGCAGAAAGUGCCAGCAAAAUGUACUUUAUUAUCUCAGACUUGUCCAAAAUUAAUAACAUGUACCGUUUUAGCCUGACUGCAUUCCUUAGGCUUUUCCAAAGAGCUCUGCUGAACAAACAGGAUUCUUCAAAUACUGAACAAAGGAUCCAGUCUCUUAUCAGCUCAUUAAAACAUAUGGUGUAUGAAUACGUGUGUCGCUGUUUGUUUAAGGCUGAUCAACUGAUGUUUGCUUUACAUUUUGUGCGAGGCAUGCAUCCCGAACUUUUUCAAGAAAACGAAUGGGAUACAUUUACAGGUGUGAUUGUUGGAGAUAUGUUAAGGAAAGCGGAUUCACAACAAAAAAUUUGCGAUCAGCUUCCGUCUUGGAUAGAGCAGGAACGGAGUUGGGCAGUGGCCACUUUAAAGAUCUCCCUUCCAGGUCUUUAUCAGACACUCUGCCUUGAAGAUGUCGGGCUGUGGCGUCCUUACUACCAGAACUCCAUCUGUGAACAAGAGUUCCCAACCAUCCUCAGAAAGAAAGUGUCCCAGUUUCAACAGGUUCUGGUGGUACAGGCUCUCAGACCGGAUAGACUUCAAAGUGCCAUGGCCCUUUUCGCAUGCACAGCUCUGGGAAUGAAAGAGUUAUCUCCACCCCCUCUGAAUUUGAAACGCUUAUACAGGGAGACCCUGGAGAUUGAACCCAUCCUGAUCAUUAUUUCUCCUGGGGCUGAUCCUUCCCAAGAACUACAAGAACUUGCCAAUGCUGAAAGAAAUGGAGAAUGUUAUCAUCAGGUUGCAAUGGGCCAGGGCCAAGCUGAUUUAGCCAUACAAAUGCUAAAAGAAUGUGCACAGAAUGGAGAAUGGCUCUGCUUAAAGAACCUGCAUCUUGUGGUUUCCUGGCUGCCCAUUUUGGAAAAUGAAUUGAAUACACUCCAACCAAAAGAAAACUUUCGCCUGUGGCUCACUGCUGAAGUUCAUCCCAAAUUUACUCCCAUCUUACUUCAGUCAAGUUUGAAGAUAACCUAUGAGGCACCUCCUGGUUUGAAGAAGAACUUAAUGCGAACUUAUGAAUCUUGGACUCCAGAGCAAAUUAAUAAAAAAGAUAUUUUGUCUCGAGCACAUACUCUCUUCAGCUUGGCUUGGUUUCAUGCUGCCUGCCAAGAAAGAAGAAAUUACAUUCCUCAAGGUUGGACCAAGUUUUAUGAAUUUUCUUUGUCAGACCUCCGGGCAGGAUAUAACAUUAUCGAUCGGCUCUUUGAUGGUACCAAAGAUUUUCAGUGGGAAUUUGUGCAUGGAUUGCUGGAAAAUGCUAUUUAUGGAGGUCGCAUAGAUAACUACUUUGAUCUGAGAGUCCUCCGGUCCUAUUUGGAACAGUUUUUUAAUUCCUCAGUGAUCGGUGGCUCACAUCACGGGAGGAAGAAAAGCAGUUUCCCUUAUGCCAUCUCAUUACCUAAUUCCUGCAACAUUUUGGACUAUCGCACUGUAAUUGAAAGUCUUCCUGAAGAUGAUAAACCCGGUUUUUUUGGUUUGCCUGCCAAUAUCGCCCGCUCAUCUCAACGCAUGAUCAGCUCUCUGGUCAUUUCCCAGCUGAGGACCCUGGGCAGGUCAGUAUCUGCCGGCUGCAAAUUUGAUCGAGAAAUCUGGUCCAAUGAGCUAUCUCCCAUCCUCAGUCUCUGGAAGAAACUUAAUCAGAACUCAAACCUGAUUCAUCAGAAAGUGGCACCUCCUAAUGAGAAACAAGGCUCUCCGAUAUUAUCAUUCAUCAUCCUUGAGCAAUUCAGCGCCAUCCGCUUAGUUCAGAGUGUCCACCAGUCCCUUGCAGCUCUCAGCAAAGUCAUCAGAGGCACAACCCUUUUGAGCUCUGAAGUUCAAAGCUUGGCAAGUGCGUUAUUAAAUCAAAAGUGUCCCCUGACCUGGCAGAGCAAAUGGGAAGGUCCGGAAGAUCCCCUGCAGUAUCUCAGAGGUCUUAUAGCUCGAGCCAUUGCAAUUCAGAGUUGGGUAGAUAAAGCAGAAAAGCAAGUGUUGCUCUCAGAUACACUUGACCUUUCAGAGCUCUUUCACCCUGACACAUUCCUUAAUGCACUACGACAGGAAACUGCAAGGGCUAUGAGCUGUUCCAUAGAUGGUCUGAAAUUUGUCGCGUCUUGGAAGGGUCGACUACAAGCAAAACUCCAAGUUAAGAUCAGCGGCUUGCAACUGGAAGGAUGCAGUUUUGAUGGAAAUCAACUUUCAGAAAACCGGCAUGACUCCCCCAGUGUGUCAUCAAUGCUCCCUUGUUACAUGGCCUGGAUUCCUCAGGAUGCGUACGGUCCUUAUUCCCCUGAGGAAUGCAUCUCCUUGCCCGUCUAUACCAGUGCCGAGAGGGAGCAAGUGGUGACCAACAUGGACGUGCCCUGUGGAGGCCAUCCAGACCAGUGGAUUCAGUGCGGCGCUGCCCUGUUUUUAAAGAACCAGUAGUAGCAAACGAUAGCAGGCUUCGCCGAGACACCUCUGAAGGCCUCAGCUCCACGGGCUCCAUCUGAAAGGUGAAUUUUCCCUACCAGGCCGCAUUCCCAGACUGAGGAAAGAAUCCAGUUUUUCUCUGGAGAGAAAUGACCUAAGGAAACUCUUUUCUGUUCAGAAAACACCCUAGUUCUAGGACGUUAAUGCUGAAUACGCACAUCACUAACUGAUAAAGAGCGCUUCUCUUUACUGCUGUAUCAUUCCUGUUAAAAUGUUGCUCCAGUACAAGAUUGAAUAGAGUGAAUUUGGGGACUUGAUGUACAUUCCUCCACCGAGCCUUUUUAUCAACGGAAUUUAAUAAAAGAUAAGCUCACCAAUAAGAUGCUUUCAGU